CUCGCCAUGGACACUCCUAGGGUCCUGCUCUCAGCCAUCUUCCUCAUCAGCUUCCUCUGGGAUUUGCCGUGUUUCCAACAGGCUUCCAUCUCCUCGUCCUCCUCCACCGAAGUGGACUCCGCCAAAGACGUGAGAAGCCGCAAAGAAGGGAGGAUGCCGCGGACGCCACAACAGAGUGUGGAGGGCCGGACGCCCCGGGAGCACCAGCCGCGGCACAGUGAACCCCGGCGGCGGCCGCCUGGACAGUCUCAAGGGCAGGAGCCUCCGAGCAGGGGCCCGCGCGUGGUGCCCCACGAGUACAUGCUGUCAAUCUACAGGACUUACUCCAUUGCCGAGAAGUUGGGCAUCAAUGCCAGCUUUUUCCAGUCUUCCAAGUCAGCUAAUACGAUCACUAGCUUUGUAGACAGAGGACUGGACGAUCUCUCGCACACUCCUCUCCGGAGACAGAAGUAUUUGUUUGAUGUGUCCACGCUCUCAGACAAAGAAGAGUUGGUGGGCGCAGAGCUCAGGCUUUACCGCCAGGCGCCCCCAGCGCCCUGGGGGCCACCAACCCGACCACUGCACGUGCAACUCUUUCCCUGUCUGUCCCCACUGCUGCUGGACGCCAGGACCCUGGAUCUUCAGGGGCCAGCCCAGGUCGGCUGGGAAGUCUUCGACGUGUGGCAGAGCCUGCGCCCUCAGCCGUGGAAGCAGCUGUGCUUGGAAUUGCGGGCAGCUUGGGGCGAGCUGGACGCCGGGGAUACCGAGGCGCGCACGAGGGGUCCCCAGCAGCCACCGCCCCUGGACCUGCGGAGUCUGGGCUUCGGCCGGAGGGUGCGGCCGCCCCAGGAGCGUGCCCUGCUCGUGGUUUUCACUAGAUCCCAGAGCAAGAACCUGUUCGCGGAGAUGCGCGAGCAGCUGGGCUCUGCCGAGUCUGCGGGAGCCGAGGGGGCAUGGCCAGCGCCUUCGGGCGCCCCAGACGCCGGGCCUUGGCUGCCCUCGCCCGGCCGUCGGCGGCGACGCACCGCCUUCGCCAGCCGCCACGGCAAGCGGCACGGCAAGAAGUCCAGGCUGCGCUGCAGCAGAAAGCCCCUGCACGUGAAUUUCAAGGAGUUAGGCUGGGAUGACUGGAUUAUCGCGCCCCUGGAGUACGAGGCCUAUCACUGCGAGGGCGUGUGUGACUUUCCGCUUCGUUCGCACCUGGAACCUACCAACCACGCCAUCAUCCAGACGCUGAUGAACUCCAUGGACCCGGGUUCCACCCCGCCUAGCUGUUGCGUUCCCACCAAAUUGACUCCCAUCAGCAUCCUGUACAUCGACGCGGGCAAUAAUGUGGUCUACAAGCAGUAUGAGGACAUGGUGGUGGAGUCCUGCGGCUGCAGGUAGCGGUGCCAUCCGCGCCUGGGCCAGGGACC